AAAAGCCAUUCUAACAUACUUCUACUGACCCCAAAAGUAAAAAAGAAAUUGACCAUGUCUUCAGCUCUUUCUGGCCCACUGCCUCUGCAAAACUCAAUAUCAAAAGCCGUUCUGCCAGCCUUCAUAUAUGGCACUGCGUGGAAAAAGGCAGCCACUGCGAACCUCGUUUACGAGGCAUUGAAUCGCGGGUUCACCGCCAUUGACGUUGCAGCGCAACCAAAACAUUACCGAGAGGAUCUUGUUGGUGAAGCGCUUCGACGAACGGUGAAAGAGGGGAAAAUCCAGCGGAAGAAUGUUUUUCUUCAAACUAAGUUUACCCCUGUGAAUGUUCGCGCUUCUGUGAGCUCAUCGUUGUGGAACCUUCGACAUGAUGAGCAAUCACAGGAUGACGCAUAUAUUGAUUCUCUCGUUCUCCAUAGUCCGCUCCCUGCUAUGGCGCAAACGCUCAGUGUCUGGAGAGCCUUGGAAGAAUUUGUGCCUCACCGAAUCCACCAUCUUGGCAUUUCUAAUACUACUCUACCCGUCCUUGAAGCCCUAUACGAAGAGGCAAAAGUGAAACCUGCUGUGGUACAAAAUCGGUUUUACCUUGACACCGAUUUCGAUAUCCCACUUCGUGCCUAUUGUCGGAAGAAGGGCAUCAUCUACCAAAGUUUCUGGACCCUGACUGCCAACCCACGGCUUCUGAGAUCUGUUCCAGUUGCUACUAUUGCGGAGAACGUGGGCAUUGAAAAAGAGGUUGCUCUUUAUUGUCUGGUUCUGGGUCUAGAUAACACAGUCAUCCUGAACGGUACCAAGGACCGUCAAAGGAUGGCAAGCGACUGGGAAGGCUUGAGAAAGACCCGGGAUUGGGCAAGAGAUAAUGCGUAUGAAUGGGAGAAUCAGCUAAAGCAGUUUAAGAGUGCGAUUGGUGAGCAUUGAAUCACAAAUUCAUAUGCAUUAAAAAUGAAAGUCUCAAUCAUUCGGACAGCUCUAGAAUGUUGUUGCAAAUAAAGAACAGCACAGAUAGAUGUAACAUCAUUCCGGUCAAUCCUAGAAUCUAAGCAUGUGGUAUAGGGGAU